ACACUUAAAUUAUCCGAAAUUCAUCGGAGAGCUACUAGUAUUGAUUAUGGAAAUGAAUUGUAUUUAUUUUGAAUGGCAUCGAGUGAUUUUUUUGGAUAACCACUUCAAAUUGCAUUAAUUUUGAUUAAAUUCGAUUGUACAGACUUUUCAUUAUACAUUAUUUUAUUUUUAUUUACAUUUAAAAGAGUGAUUGUCGAGAUGUAAAGCCGCUUAAUACUUCUUUUGUUUUGUUAAGUAUACUACUUAUUUUUAUACUUAUUUAUAAAAAAUUAUAAUUUUUCAAUUAACUAGAAUUGAAACAUAGUAGCACAUGCCUUUGAAAUAGCAAUUAUUUCAAAACACGGGCCAUUUGACGCGCCGGAGAUUUAUCUAAAACUUACUAGUUCACAAUUUUUUGGACAUUUAGUUUCAAAGAAAUAUUGUAAUUUUAUUAUUUCCUUUAAGCUAUUCAAAAUAUCUGAGUUCUUUUCUUUUACAAACUUUAUAUAAUUUAUUUAAUUAAUUAAGAAUUAUAAUUAAUUAAUUUAAUCAAUACAUGAAUUUUUUUUAAAAACAUAGUUUUUUCAGUUACAUGGUUCAAAGAAUUUCUUACCUAAAAAAUUAAAAGUGCUAAUAGAUAAUGAACAUAGAGAAUGUUUCCACCCUAACUGAUAUAAACUUCUUUAUUUUAUAUUUUUCAGCUUUUAAUAAUUCUAAUAGUUAUUAUUUCAAAAUAUAAAAUCAGGUAUAUUUUUCAUCGUUGUCAUAUAAUCAUUUCAUUAAUUUAUAUUGAAAGGCAGUAAAGAGGUAUACAUGGACCAAUUUAAUUUGUCUUAUAAAAAUUUAAAAUAAUGUCCUGACAGAAUUUUAAUGUCAAUAAUUGUAAAUAUUACUUAAGCGCUAAAUACUAAUUUUCCAGAAGUAUCGUAAAAAUAGUAAUUCUGAAAAGCACAUUUCAAAGAAUUUUGUGACGAACUUCUAUCAUAAAACUACGUAAAUCACGCUUCUAUCUUCGUAAUAAUGACUAUAGAAACAUUAAUAUGAAAAAUGUAUCGUUUUUUCCCAAACGUUUUUAUUUAAAUAUUAACUGUCCACACUCUAAAACCACUUUGAAAAAUUCAAGUUGUGCUGUAAAAACUAAAUUAUCUCAGAAUGAAUUCUAUGAGUCUAAUUUUACCCUUUUGUUUACUUUUUUUAGUAUCUAUUGAAUAUUUACACGCUCAACACCGUGUUAGAAGAUCACCUAAUCCUUAUGCAUAUGCUCUUGCCGAAGCAGAACCAGGGUUAGCCAAAUUCACAAAAUCAUUAUGUGACAAAUAUUUAUUAAAAAAUAUCUCCUCAACUUCUGAGUAUUGUGGUGGUAUCGCAUAUAACUUGGCGGAUAAAGCAAGAAAAGCAUGCAAAACUAUUAAGAAAGUUUGCUUCAUAUUCGCAGGAACAGAUUCAGGAAAAACUUGUGAAAAAUACUUUAAAACAAUCAUUUGUCCUUACUUGAGGGUGGAAAAUUCUACUGAAACUGGAGCACCCGAGUCUAAUGAUUCAGAAAGUGAGUCAGAUAAAACUGUUGCGGUUAAAGAGGGUGGUUCUUUACUUUCAACGAAAGGUUCGUUACAACGGGAUUUGUUCAAUGGUUGUGAAGUUGGAAUAAGUGUUGUUACAAGCAAACUUAAUUUAACAAAAUCGGAUUUCGGAACAACUAAAUUUUGCGACAGUGUGCAAACUGCUACAAAAGAUUUGUGUAAAAAUUUCAAUAAAAAUCUUUGUGGGCUUGCAUUUAGCGGAAAACUGCAUUCAUAUUGUGUGACUGGACUAUCUAAAAUGAUUUGCUAAUGAAAAAUGUUUCUCAAGCAAAUCCUAACAGCACGCCGAAAUUCAAUCAUAAGAGUCUUGAAUCAUAGCAGUUUGUUGUAGUUUUACUUACAUAAAUAAAAAUU